GCGGUCCCACGUUUGUUUUGGUUAUUUACAAAUUUUAAAGCAUGCGAUUCGCCCAGAUAAUUGUGGGUCCUGCAGGCAGUGGCAAGUCGACCUACUGCAGCUUUAUGCAGCAGCAUGCUAUGGACGCCAAACGAAAUAUUCAAGUUGUCAAUUUGGACCCGGCGGCCGAACACUUUACUUACAGUCCGCUCGCAGAUAUACGAGAGCUGAUACACCUGGAUGAUGCCAUGGAGGAUGAAGAGCUGCAGUACGGACCCAAUGGAGGAUUGAUUUUCUGCCUGGAGUUCCUCAUAGAGAACCAGGACUGGCUGAAAGCGCAGCUGUGCGGCGGCGAGGACGAGCUGAUGGUGGGUGAACCGGACGAUGACUACAUACUCUUUGAUAUGCCCGGACAAAUUGAGCUGUUCACUCAUCUGAAAAUGGGCAAACAACUGGUACAGCUGCUGGAGUCCUGGAACUUCCGCACUUGUGUGGUCUUCUGCCUGGACUCGCAGUUCAUGGUGGAUGGCGCCAAAUUCAUAUCGGGCACCAUGGCCGCCCUCAGUGUGAUGGCCAACAUGGAGCAGGCGCACGUGAAUGUGCUGACCAAAGUGGAUCUGCUGAGUUCUGAGGCGCGAAAGCAGUUGGAAAUGUACCUGGAGCCGGAUGCACACAAUCUAAUGGGAGAACUGACCAUUGGGUCCUCGUUUGGGGAGAAAUAUCGCAAGCUGACAGAGGCAAUUGGUUCGCUCAUUGAGGAUUUCAGUUUGGUUCGCUUCUUUCCCCUGGACACACAGGAUGAGGAGAGUAUUAGCGAUCUCUUGCUGCAAAUUGAUAAUAUUUUGCAAUUUGGAGAAGAUGCCGAUGUCCAAGUGAGGGACUUUGAGGAACCUGAUGCGACCGAAAGGGACCCAGAUAUGUGAAGGGUUCAGUUCAUAAGAAUAACAUGUUUUUAAUUAUUUGCUGUAAAUAAAAUUAAGAAAAAAAUCAA